AUGUCUUCAAUUGCCAGCAUAAUCAAAACGAAGCUACAACUUCCUGAUUCAUCAAAGGAUUUAGCUAAGCUGAGAUGGAGAUUUCGACUUCCGGAUUCGCAAUUUUCUAUCAACAGUUUACCGUGCGAAAUUCAGUUCAUCCAUUAUAACAACGCGGAGGAAACGAGCUCUUUAUUAGGUAUCCUAUAUUUAUUUACUGACUAUAUUGCUUUCCGUGGUGAUGAAGAAGGUACUCAGUUUUGUAUGCCAUAUACAAUUAUUCGAAAGGUUAGCAAAGUAAAGAGUGAUGACUUUGAACAGCUGCUUUCAGUUUCCACGAGCAAUGGUUAUGAAUUUCGAAUUUCUCUUCAAGUUUCUGAAAGCACUGCUUUGCGUUUUUGCGGACUCCUGAAGGAAGAGCUUAUUUCACACAAGGUAAACAUGCAUAAGGCAUCCGAAUUUACCAAACAAUUCUUUUCAGAACAAUUGAUAAGUCCUAAUGUUGCAGAGGGUAAUCAGUCUUAUGGUUUUGGUUGCAAAUAUGGGUAUCCCACAGAUCCACGGGCUUCUCGUGAAAGAGCCAAACUUCGAAUGUGGAAAGAAUAUUUCUUAUUAUAUGGAACAAGCCUUUCUUUGAUACGUGUCUCUCUAUUUUCUAAGCUCGUUCGUAUAGAGUUACCAAAUAAGUUAAGGGGUGAAAUAUGGGAGUUAACUUCUGGGUCUUUAUAUCUGAGGCUCCAAAAUGAAAACGAAUACGAACAUAUUUUACACGCCCAUUCUGGGCAAACCUCUUUUUCAUUAGAAGAAAUUGAAAAAGACCUGGGCAGAAGUUUACCAGAGUACCCUGCUUACCAAAAUGAUGAAGGAAUUGAUGCUUUGCGAAAUGUUUUGGUUGCCUUUUCUUGGAAAAAUCAGGAUGUUGGCUACUGUCAAGCAAUGAAUAUUGUGGCUGCUGCAUUGUUAAUUCAUUGCAAUGAAGCCCAAGCGUUUUAUUUAAUGCAUAAGAUUUGCGAGGAUUACAUACCCGGCUAUUAUUCCAAGACUAUGUACGGAACAUUAAUUGAUCAACAGGUAUACGAAACUUUAGUACAGCGACUUAUGCCCAACCUCCACGCUCAUUUUGUAAACAAGGAUAUCCAACUCAGUAUUAUAUCCUUACCAUGGUUUCUUUCUCUUUUCUUUUGUACAAUGCCAUUACCUUAUGCAUUCCGACUGAUGGACUUUUUCUUUUUAGAAGGCCCAAGGGUCCUUUUUCAGAUUGGGAUGGCUGUACUGUAUGAUAACGAGUCUGAAAUCUUAAAGGCCACUGAGGAAACCAUGCUUAUAUCUCUUCUGAAAAAGUAUUUCUCGUCUUUGAGUGAUCGCGUUUACAAAGAUGCUACUGAUAAAAGAGUUGCGGCCAUUACCAAAUUUCAACUGUUGCUUGUAACAGCGUUCAAGAAGUUUGGAAAUAUUACGCAUCCCAUGAUAGAGUCAGAAAGGAAACGACAUUUCAAUAAAGUAAUCAAUUCAAUUGAGUCAUUUGCCAAGCGGACACAAAUACGAAGUAUCCAAAAUUACGGCUCGCUGACACGUGACGACUUGAGUAAUAUAUAUGAUCGAUACCAUGAAAUUCUUUCUACCAAGCAUGAGUUUGAGUUAGGCACUUCUGUUGAUACAAAACUGGAGUUUGAUGAAUUUUGUGUUUUUAUGGGAGGUGUAACGGAUUGGUCCAAAAAUCUUGACGCGACAGCAAUUAACGGAUCUUCAUCUUUUUUAAGACAUUUAUUUCUACGAUUUGAUAGAAGCAGGGUAGGUUCUCUCUCUCUACAAGACUUGGUCUCUGGAAUUGCAGAAUUAAAAGUGCGAGAUGUUAUGCGUAAUAUCUCAUUUAUCUUUGAACUGUACGACUCUGACUCUGAUGGAUUUAUGGAUAAAUCUGACGUCUUGAAGGUCUCUGAGGCUAUUUUAUGGAUUACAAGAUACAUGGGCGAUGAGUGCUUGUCAGCUGUCAGCGAGUUUAUUCAAAGGUGCUUUCAUUUUGCCGAUGAAGCUGGUCCUGAACAUCAGGAAGAGGAGAAGUUGGUUGAUGUGGACGAGAGUUUACCAAGUGGUGGUUUGGCUUCAGAAAGAAAUGUAAGCGCAAAUAGUGAUAUCCGGGUGAGUCUACCGACUUUUCGCAUGGUCAUUCUUUCAAACGUGCUCCUAGAGCAACUCUUUUCUGGUGGGUUGGCGGAUUCUGUUGUACUGCCACCUGUCGAAGAAAAGACAAGCACCGUUGGCGGUCUUCGCGGUUUGUUGGAUUCGCUCGUUCUUGACACUAACAGGUGGAGUGAAACUUUCCGUGGUCACAAGCACGCUGCAGCUAUUCCUUCUUCAGAUAAUGCUACGAGCACGGGACAAAAAUUAUAUAUGACAAGCGAUGAUACUUCGAAUUUUGAAAAAGUUAAAAGCCAUACAUCAGAUAUCGAUGAAGACGUUGGAGAACCUGUUGAAGACGAUAAAGAUCUACUACAGUUUGAUCCUUACAAGAAAACAGAAGCGUAG